AUGGCGCUCCGUCGCUUCAACGCUGGCGGCAAGAAGCAGAAGGAGCUGACUGAGGAGCAGAAGCAGGAGAUCAAGGAGGCUUUCGACCUCUUCGACACAGAUGGCUCAGGUGAGAUCGAUUCCAAGGAGCUGAAGGUCGCCAUGCGCGCCCUGGGCUUCGAGCCCAAGAAGGAAGAGAUCCAGAAGAUGAUCUCCGACGUCGACGAUGACGGAAGCGGAACCAUUGGCUACGAGGAGUUCUUGAAGAUGAUGACGCACAAGAUCCUGAACCGCGACCCGAAGGAUGAGAUCCUCAAGGCUUUCCGCCUCUUCGACGAUGACGAGACUGGCAAGAUCUCUUUCAAGAACCUCAAGCGCGUGGCCAAGGAGCUCGGUGAGAGGAUGACCGAUGAAGAGCUGCAGGAGAUGAUCGACGAGGCGGAUCGCGAUGGCGACGGCGAGGUCAACGAGGCUUCGGACUGUCGGGUUUUGGGAGGAGUUCUUGCGCAUCAUGAAGAAGACCAACCUCUUCUAGAAGAGCAGGUCUCUCCGAGCCAGAGAAGUACAAUACCUGAUGGCUCCCACAUCUGUGGCUCCGCGUUCAUGUGGGUAGGCGUUGGGGAAUCGGAGCCGCAGCCGCAGCAGACAGAUUGGACAGCUUCAGCGAAGGGAGGGAGCGUCUCGUGGAUCGAAGGUCUAGAUUCAAGCUCGGUGCUGGUGCAGCAGGGCUUUCCGGACAGCGGACCGGUCGUCCUCCAUGACCCCGAGAUCCAGGAGGUGAUGAGCGAUUCUGCCAACAUCCUCUACGAGCUCGCCGAGGAUGCGCACGAGCAGAUGUCGCUCCACCAUGACACGGAUUGGACGCAGUUUCCAGAGGUGGGCGAGGCACUGAAAGCGAUCGGAAUCGAGGAGCUGGCGCUCUGUGUGGCUCUCUGUCCUGGUCGCGCCAAAUGGGGAGUGGGCGUCGCUGGGAAUCAGAAGAAGCGCAGCCAGGCGGCGAGGCUCUCCCUGUGCCUAGCAGUGGCAUCCGAGUGCUCAACGAAUGAGUCGGUUUGCCACAGUCGACCAUGCUGGGGAGAGUUCUACAGCAUGGCUGAGGCCGAGAUGGAGGCCGGACACAUGGCAGGGCCCCGCCACCAUGCGCCGAACGGCAAGGGCCGGCCAGGGCAACAGAAGGGUGCACGCCGGCCGAAG